AAGUAGAAACGAAAGGAAGUAGAAACGAAAGAAAUAGAAAUAAAAAGUGGAGAAAAAAGAAAAAAAAGAAAAGGGAAAAGAAAAAAAAAGGUAAAGAAAAUGAAAUGGAAAAGAAUGAAAGGAAAAAAAAUGAAGAGAAAAAAAUGAAGAAAAAAAAAAUCAGAAAAGAAGAAAAAA